AUGGCUUCGACCCAAACCGAACUCCUUGCUGUCGUCCGGAAGACGCUCCGGCGUGGAGAUGAUGAUCUGACCGACACUGAACUCGAGUCUUUCAUCACAUUUAUUCAAUGCGACAAGAACGGCAAUGCUAUCUUAGACAGCCUUGUUGAGGCGGAGAAGCUUUUCGCCAACAAAGAGCCCGGGGAUUUGGACCGCGAAUUCAAGAACAAAACGCCUGCUGUGGCAUGGAUCUCUUCGCUCUGGACGUAUGGUCGUUUCGAACUAAUAGCCAGUGAAAUCCGCAAACACUUUACGUCUAAUGUGCGGAUCCAUCCACAAGAUGUCCCUACAGAAGAAGCGAGUGGAACUCUAUAUUACAACAACCUCCAGGACUUGGAAGGGCGAUGCGAUGUGGUUGCGAGUGGAUCAAACGGGAAACUGGUUGCUCGCUUCUAUCGCCCAGGGAGUAAGACUCGACAGCUCCUCAUCGCCGUUUUCGUUGGUGAAGUUGACGAGACUGUUCUUGGAGUGAAAGUGCUUGAGGCCGAAGGUGAAGGAACUUGGGAAAAUACGAGGGACAAAACCCAUAUUUCCGGUCCAAACUAA